ACCAUGAAUGCCUUAGCAGCAACCAACAGGAACUUCACGCGAGCAGCUCGGUUGUUGGGAAUAGAUUCCAAACUUGAGAAGAGUUUGCUCAUUCCUUUUAGAGAAAUCAAGGUUGAAUGUACAAUACCAAAAGAUGACGGCACAUUGGCUUCUUUCAUCGGCUUCCGGAUUCAACAUGACAAUUCAAGAGGACCGAUGAAAGGAGGAAUUCGAUAUCACUCAGAGGUUGAACCUGAUGAAGUGAAUGCUUUAGCUCAAUUGAUGACUUGGAAGACUGCAGUUGCAAACAUACCUUAUGGUGGUGCUAAAGGAGGGAUAGGAUGUGACCCAAGUGAAAUGACCAUAUCCGAGUUAGAACGACUCACUCGAGUUUUCACUCAAAAGAUUCAUGAUUUGAUUGGAAUCCAUGCCGAUGUGCCAGCUCCCGAUAUGGGAACCAAUCCUCAGACAAUGGCAUGGAUACUUGAUGAAUACUCAAAGUUUCAUGGCUACUCGCCACCUGCGGUUACCGGGAAGCCUACUGAUCUUGGUGGAUCACUAGGUAGAGAUGCUGCAACGGGCCGUGGAGUACUUUUUGCAACAGAGGCGCUUCUCAAUGACUUUGGAAAAACCAUCGCUGGACAGCGAGUUGUCAUACAAGGUUUCGGAAAUGUUGGAACUUGGGCUGCAAAACUCAUACACGAAAAUGGCGGAAAAGUUAUAGCAGUGAGCGAUGUAAGUGGAGCGAUAAAAGACAGCAAUGGACUUGAUAUUCCGCGCUUGAUCAAAUAUGUUGAAGCACAUAAGGGAGUUAAAGGUUUUGAAGGGGCAGACCAGAUUGAUCCCAAUUCUGUUCUAGUUGAAGAAUGUGAUAUUCUCAUCCCAGCAGCACUAGGCGGUGUAAUCAACAGGGAAAAUGCAAAUGACAUCCAAGCCAAGUUUAUAGUUGAGGCAGCUAACCAUCCAACUGAUCCAGAAGCUGAUGAGAUUUUAAAGAAGAAAGGAGUUGUUAUCCUUCCUGACAUAUUUGCAAACUCUGGUGGGGUGACAGUUAGCUACUUCGAGUGGGUUCAGAAUAUUCAAGGUUUUCAGUGGGACAAAGAGAAAGUGAAUACUGAACUGAAGAGGUAUGUCGGUCAAGGUUUCAAAGACAUGAAAAGUAUGUGCAGGACCCACAACUGUGAAUUGCGUAUGGGAGCGUUUACAUUGGGAUUGAACCGUGUUGCAAAGGCCACUCUCAUCAGGGGUUGGGAAUAAG